GUAAUGAGAAACUGCUGUUCCUCAGCUGAUAUGAGGCACCCACUCCGCGACUGCCUCUUCAGUGAGACUGAGAGGACCGAAGCCCACCGCCUCAGUUUGCCGUGAACAGCUUAGCAUUACGAAUCAAAGAUGUUAGACAACGAGGAGAUCUUGUUGGAUACCCAUCCGCGGGAGCUCACGCAGAAUCCGCUUAAGAAGAUCUGGAUGCCGCACAGGAAUGGCCACAUUGCGCACAGACGUGUAUGUAUGACAAACUGUCCAACCCUCAUUGUGACCGUUGGACUUCCAGCCCGAGGGAAGACUUACAUUUCAAAGAAGCUAACUCGUUACUUGAACUGGAUAGGCGUGCCAACCAAAGAGUUCAACGUUGGCGAUUAUCGGAGGGAGUGCCUGAAGAUCUACAAGUCCUUCGAGUUUUUUCGGCCAGACAAUGAGGAAGGUGUUAAAAUCAGAUGGCAGUGUGCUAUGUCAGCGCUGAAUGAUGUCCGUCAGUACCUGAGUGUUGAAGGAGGACAGGUUGCUGUGUUUGACGCCACAAACACAACAAGAGAAAGAAGAGGAACUAUCAUGAAGUUCGCUGAGCAGAAUGGAUUCAAAGUGUUCUUUGUGGAGUCUGUGUGUGAAGACCCAGAGGUCAUUGCUCAAAAUAUUGUGCAAGUUAAGCUAGGGAACCCUGACUACAUCCACUGUAGUUCAGAGGAGGCCGUUGAAGACUUCAUGGAAAGAAUCAAGUGUUACGAGUCCUCCUACCAGCCUUUGGAUGAGGAUCUCGAUAGCGACGUGUCGUACAUAAAGAUCAUGGACGUGGGUCGUCGUUACCUAGUGAACCGUGUCGUUGACCACAUCCAAAGCCGGAUUGUCUACUACCUGAUGAACAUCCACAUCACUCCGCGCUCCAUCUACCUCUGUCGCCACGGUGAGAGUGACCUCAACAUCAAGGGACGAAUCGGGGGAGACUCUGGCUUGUCCGAUCGAGGAAAAGAGUAUGCCAAACGUCUGAGGCACUUCAUCGAGGAACAGAAAAUCAAUGAUCUAAAAGUUUGGACCAGUCAGAUGAAGAGAACGAUCCAGACAGCGGAGUGCCUUGGAGUGCCGUAUGAACAGUGGAAAUCUCUAAAUGAAAUUGAUGCUGGUGUCUGUGAAGAAAUGAUGUACGAGGAGAUCCAAGAACAUUUCCCUCUAGAGUUUGCUCUGAGAGACCAAGACAAGUACCGCUACCGCUAUCCAAAGGGAGAGUCGUAUGAAGACUUGGUUCAGCGGCUGGAGCCUGUGAUCAUGGAGCUGGAGAGACAGGAGAACGUUCUGGUCAUUUGUCACCAGGCUGUCAUGCGCUGUCUUCUUGCAUAUUUUCUGGACAAAACGUCAAGUGAGCUGCCUUAUCUCAAGUGUCCCUUGCACACCGUGUUGAAGUUGACACCCGUUGCUUAUGGAUGUAAGGUGGAGUCUGUGUACUUGGGCGUGGAUUCUGUGAACACACACAGAGACAGGCCAGAGAACGUGAAUGUGCAGCGCAGCACUGAAGACGCUCUGCAGACGGUUCCGGCUCAUCUCUAAUUUCAGCGACUCCUGUUUUACCCGAGAACCCAUCCAACUGUCAGUUUAGGGACCUCCGGACAUCAAUGUGAAAAAGUGCCGUUCAGCAGAAGUACUGCAUCAUUUCUCUGGACUCCUUAUACUAUGACUGUCUGUUGAGGCAAACUAAAAGCUUCUUUAAAAAAACAAAAUCUGUGGAUCUACAGUUACUGGUGCUCUGAUGUUCAGCAUCGUUUCCAUGAUUACAGUCCAUAUCCACUUCAUACCAAAACUGUUCAUGCAUACAUUUUAUUUUCCACCAAACCUGUGGUAACUGUAUUUUAACUAUUUUUAAUGUGUUUUCUUUAAAAUAAAGGGACACAAAAAGACCGUGCAUGAAGCACCCAACAUAAAUAAAACAAACAUUCCAGUGGUGUAUAGAAAACAGCUGGCACUUUGUAAAUGCACAAGUAUUUUGGUUUAAACUGUGUUUGGAGUGAUGACUGUAGGGAAACCAAAUAUGAUUUUUGGUGUUUUUAACCUGCUAAUAUGAUGAAUCAGUCAUAUUCCUUUACUUCAGGUAUUUUUUAAACCCAUCGACAGUAUCUGCCACAACUUCAAACACCUGUAUUUUGUCAGGAGUAUGAGCUACGGUACUGUGUUCGUAAACAAGUCUCUGGUGUUUAAACUACCUGUGUUAUAUGAAGUAAUACACAUUGUACAUGUUUAACAAUCAGCUGUGAAUUUAUGUUUAAUAUUUGCAGUAAAAACAAAUAAGUUCAUUUGUGACGAGCAAUAAAUGAAUGAGUCACUAAAA